UUCUCCUGUUCCAUCAUAACCUUUUGAGUACAAAGCCAUCAUCAUCCACGGUAUCCCAUUCUGCUAUCCAUUGGUCGGGUAUCUCGUCUUGUUAUGUACCAUACAUCUCCUUUUCCACAACAGCCUCCCACCACAGCUUCCGCCGCUCUUCGUUCAGCAUCGACACUGUGCUGUCGGGCCCUAUAGAGGAGCAGUAACUAACGCGCUACGAUGAAGGCGAGCUGCCUGUGUCUCACGCUCGGCGUCGCGCCACUCGCGAUAUGCGCGCCAGUAUCCAGGUUCCUUCCGGGGCCUGGUGGCGAAGCUCUGGACCACGCAAUCAAUCGUUUCGCGCCAGAACCCUGGUUUGCCCAAGGAAGCCAGACCGUCGAGAAGGCGGAACCACAACAAGGCUUCAAUCCCCACGAGCUGCCUCCAGCCAAAGUGGCCCAGCCCAAUGUCCUCCCUCCUCUUUCGAGACACCGGCCACCACCGCCCGCAGAGAGACCGGAGGAACCAGAGACCGACGCCGUAUUUGUGCCUCACCCGGCCCAAGACGACCCUAAUACCCCUGAGCUUUUCGAAUCACAAACCACUGAAACCUCCGAGUCUGCCAUUCCGUGCCAUCAGGCUUUGUCCCCUCGUGAGCACAAUGACGUGCUCGUUGUCUGCUUGGUAGCUGCCUUCAUUCUGGUGGUCGUAGUGAUGGAGAUGUGGAAGAGCCUCUUCAGGAGGAAAGGAGCCAUUCGACUAGAAUCAAGCGCCAGCCCGUCGCAAGUUUCAUUUCGGGAUACGCAAGACGACGGAAGUCACGCCCAAAACGAAAAGCGUCGUGUGUGAAGCGUUCCAAAUUCGCAGCGAGCUACCGGUAACAGACGGCGACGCUAACGCCCACUUCAACUCGGCUGCGCCUGGCAUCCGCGAUCUCAUUAUCUGACGCGCCUCGAAUGUUGUCCGGGAUAAGAUUGGGUUUGACUUUUUUAAUACCGCACGGUUCAUUGUCCACGUAGCACUUGCAUCGCGGAGGAAGCGGGUCGGCUCUUGGAGGACUUUCUUUGUGCGGGAGAAUUAUG